AUUCGUCGUCAAACAACUCGAACGUCCGGUGGCUCACCGAGCCUGGCCGACAAUGCGACAGGGAAUCACGGAGGGAUCACUAAAGUAGAGGGGCCCCGUCCAACAAAAAACUGGCCGGAGCUUCGGCGCUCUUAAUUGACCGGACUGCCGGCAUCCACCAUCCUCCGUUCAACAACCCGUCGACCGCCGACAUGGUGCCUCUACCCCUCUUCAAGCUUGCGGCACUUCUUGUGCGGCAUGUCUCCAAGUAUGGCGCGAACCAAAUCAAGGCCCAGGCCCGCGAGCACCCGCGGUUCCGCCAGCUUGCCGCUCGGUACGGGCAGGCUAUCCACCAAUUCAACAUGCGCGCAAACGUAGCCCUCCUCCGGAACCAAAAAGCCGAGGAAAAAGCAAAAGAGAAAGAAAAAGCCGAAGCGCCGACCGUCAAGACGAAAGAGGAGAUCGAGAAGGAAGAGGAGAGGAAAGCGAAAGAAGCGAGGAAGGAAGCGGAGAUGCACAGGGAGAAGGGGCGAGAGUCGAGAGGCGACGGGGCCAGCAUAUUCAUGCGGCGGCCGGGGCACUUCAAGGUGUUCUCGGCGCAGAACGUCUGGCGGCGCAAGUUCCGACCCCUUCCGGAGGCCAAGGCCGUCGACCUGUUCGCGGACGUGGUGGGAGAUGCCUUCAUCUUGGGCGUCGCCGGCGGGCUCAUCAUCUACGAGUACUGGAAGUCGACCCAGAAACCGGAUCACAAUUUGGAGAGGAUCAAAGACCUGGACGCCAGGCUAGAGGAGUUGAAGAAGCGGGAGGACGAGCUCGAAAGGCGUGAAGAGGAGCUUGAGACGGCUGAGCGGGAGGCGAGAGGUCGCCUCUCGGUUGUGGAAGAGGCGCUGAGGACGCUGAAGGAUCCGAAAACAAAAGGGCCCCUGUUACCACCUGCUCCGCAAGAGAGCUUGUCGACCUCAAUACCAACGCCUUCUACGACAUGAGUACGAGUGCUCGACAACCCCCCGUUCUUCUGUAUAAUUUUUUGUCAUGUACAUCACGAUUCACUCUACUUAGUAAGACCGAAAGGGGGCGAGGUUGUGCCGAUAGACAUAAGGUAGAACAUAUACGAUACAACAGGCGGUGUUUCGGUUGUUCCUGUUCCUGUACAUACAUAAGGUAGGUAGGUACGGAGGACAAAAGCGAUGGUAGCUUCCUACCUAAGGUACCUAAGGUAAGGUACAUAAGGUAUAAGCCAUUGUCUUGUACUUCACCGACUUUCAA